UAAAAUUCAGUGAUACCGCAAUCGAAAAUGCAGAAGAAUAUCCUGAAACCCUAAAUCCAUCAAAUUCCGGUUUGAUAUAAUAACAAGGGAAUGCAACUCUCUUCUUCUUCUUAAACCCUUUCUUCCCGAAUUCACCUUCAAUAAUUAUUUUCUAGGGUUUGCGAUCAUGUCCGUGCCACCGGUGCAGUGUGUAUUCAUAACAGAAGACUGUGUUCGCGAAUGGAAGAGUUCCAACAACGCUUCUUUCAAACUCUCCCAACCCGUUCCAUUGCUCAGAUUCCUCUAUGAACUCUCUUGGACUAUGGUUCGAGGUGAAUUACCGUUUCCCAAGUGUAAAUUAGCGUUAGAUUCUGUUGUAUUUUCGGAUAAAGCUUCUCCUCACAAAAUUGCAUCAAAUUUUGCGGAUAUAGUUAGCCAGAUGGCUCAAGAUCUUACAUUGUCAGGAGAGUUUCGUUCUCGCCUCAUUAAACUGGCAAGAUGGCUUGUAGAAUCUGAAUUGGUUCCAGUUAGGCUACUUCAAGAACGUUGUGAGGAAGAAUUUUUGGGGGAGGCUGAAUUUAUCAAAAUUAAGGCUCAGGAGUUAAAGGGAAAAGAGGUCAGAGUUAAUACACGACUUCUUUACCAGCAAACGAAAUUCAACCUUCUCAGAGAAGAAAGUGAGGGCUAUGCCAAACUGGUCACUCUUCUUUGUCGGGACUCUGAAGCGCCAACUCAAAAAGGAUCUACAUCAACAAUUGGCAUUAUUAAGUCAUUGAUUGGCCAUUUUGAUUUGGAUCCAAACCGUGUUUUUGAUAUUGUACUUGAGUGUUUUGAACUUCAGCCUGAUAAUGACGUGUUUAUAGAGCUGAUUCCUAUUUUUCCCAAGUCUCAUGCUUCACAGAUUCUUGGAUUUAAAUUUCAAUAUUAUCAGCGCAUGGAAGUCAGCAAUCCUGUACCAUAUGGGCUUUAUAGACUUGCAGCUCUGCUGGUGAAGCAAGAUUUUAUUGAUCUUGAUAGCAUUUACGCUCAUUUACUCCCCAAGGACGUAGAAGCAUUUGAGCAUUAUAGCACUUUCUCUUCCAAGCGCCUUGAUGAGGCUAAUAAAAUUGGAAAAAUCAACCUAGCUGCUACUGGAAAAGAUCUAAUGGACGAGGAGAAAACGGGGGAUGUCACCAUUGAUCUCUUUGCCGCCUUAGCCAUGGAAACUGAUGCAGUUGACGAGCGGAAAUCCGAGCUUCAAAACAAUCAAACUUUGGGCUUGCUUAUUGGCUUCCUUUCUGUAGAUGACUGGUAUCAUGCACAUGUACUGUUUGAACGCCUCUCAGCACUCAAUCCAGUGGAACAUAUCCAAAUAUGUGAUAGUUUGUUUAGGCUUAUUGAGAAGUCAAUUUCUUCCCCGUAUGAUGUUAUUCGUCAAGCACAUCUUCAAAACUCUGGAUUGUCCACUGGAGGCAGCACUGAUGCUAUGGAUGUUGAUAACCCUUCAGGACACAAUUCUUUCAUAGAUCUUCCAAAGGAACUUUUUCAGAUGCUUGGUUGUACUGGACCUUUUCUCUACCGAGAUACUAUGCUGUUACAGAAGGUUUGCAGGGUGUUGAGAGGUUAUUACCUUUCUGCUCUUGAGCUUGUAAGUCAGGGCGGUGCCUUGAAUCCUCAAUUUCAUGUUGGAAAUCCUAACCUACAUUUGAAGGAAGCAAGGCUAAGAGUGGAGGAUGCUUUAGGAGCUUGUCUACUACCUUCUCUACAGCUGGUUCCUGCUAAUCCAGCUGUUGGCCAGGAAAUUUGGGAACUAAUGAGUCUUCUUCCUUAUGAGGCACGAUAUCAUUUAUAUGGUGAAUGGGAAAAAGAUGACGAUCGCUAUCCUAUGCUGUUGGCUACGAGACAAACAGCCAAGUUGGACACUAGACGUAUUUUGAAACGGCUGGCAAAGGAAAAUUUGAAGCAGCUGGGUCGGAUGGUUGCAAAAUUAGCUCAUGCCAACCCUAUGACUGUCCUUCGAACAAUUGUUCACCAGAUUGAGGCAUACAGAGACAUGAUAACUCCUGUAGUGGAUGCGUUUAAGUAUUUAACUCAGCUUGAAUAUGAUAUAUUGGAAUACGUUGUGAUUGAGCGAUUGGCACUUGGAGGACGUGAUAAGUUGAAGGAUGACGGGCUUAACUUGUCAGACUGGCUUCAAUCUCUAGCUUCUUUCUGGGGCCACCUAUGUAAGAAGUACCCAUCAAUGGAAUUGCGGGGCCUUUUCCAGUAUCUUGUGAACCAGUUAAAAAGGGGACAAGGAAUUGAGCUUGUUCUAUUGCAGGAGCUCAUCCAACAAAUGGCAAAUGUUCAGUACACAGAGAACUUGACGGAGGAGCAGCUGGACGCUAUGGCAGGGAGUGAGACUCUGAAAUAUCAAGCAACUUCUUUUGGGAUGACCCGAAAUAAUAAGGCAUUGAUAAAGUCAACUAGCAGACUUAGAGAUGCAUUACUUCCGAAAGAUGAACCGAAGUUGGCAACCCCCCUCUUGCUUCUUCUUGCUCAACAUCGUUCUCUGGUUCUCGUCAAUGCAGAUGCACCCUACAUCAAGAUGGUCAGCGAACAGUUUGAUAGAUGCCAUGGAACUCUCCUUCAAUAUGUGGAUUUUCUAGGCAGUGCAGUCACACCAGGAUCAAAUUAUGCUAUUCUUAUUCCCUCUCUUGAUGACUUGAUCCAUCUUUACCACUUGGACCCUGAGGUUGCUUUCUUGAUAUAUCGCCCUGUUAUGAGACUUUUCAAGUCUCAGAAGACUCCCGAUGUUUGCUGGCCCAUGGAAGAUAAAUAUUCUGCAAGUGAUUCAUCCACAAACUUUGAGCCUGACCCUACAGAUUAUUCUGGUAGUAUGGUUCUAGAUAUUGGCUCCAACAAAAAUCCCAUUAGUUGGUCAGAUCUUCUUGAUACUGUUAAAACCAUGUUGCCUCCAAAAACAUGGAAUAGCCUAUCUCCCGAUCUUUAUGCAACAUUUUGGGGUCUUACAUUAUAUGACCUGCACGUUCCAAAAAACCGUUAUGAGUCAGAAAUAGCCAAGCUGCAUGCUAAUCUUAAAUCUUUGGAGGAGCUUUCUGACAAUUCAAGCUCAGCAAUCACCAAGAGGAAGAAAGAAAAGGAAAGAAUUCAAGAAUCUCUUGAUCGUCUGAGUAGUGAACUGCAUAAACAUGAAGAGAACGUCGUAUCUGUCAGCAGGCGGCUUUUUCAUGAGAAAGACAAAUGGUUAAGUUCCUGUCCUGAUACCUUGAAGAUUAACAUGGAGUUUCUUCAGCGUUGUAUAUUUCCACGCUGUACUUUCAGUAUGCCAGAUGCUGUCUAUUGUGCUAUGUUUGUACACAAACUUCAUUCCCUUGGAACCCCUUUUUUUAACACAGUCAACCACAUUGAUGUUCUUAUUUGCAAAACCCUUCAACCAAUGAUAUGCUGCUGCACUGAAUAUGAGGUUGGCAGGCUUGGCAGGUUUCUCUAUGAGACUUUGAAGAUUGCUUACCAUUGGAAGAGUGAUGAAUCUAUUUAUGAACGUGAGUGUGGAAACAUGCCGGGAUUUGCUGUUUAUUAUAGAAAUCCUAACGGCCAGCGAGUUACAUAUGGACAGUUCAUUAAGGUACACUGGAAAUGGAGUCAAAGAAUCACACGGUUACUAAUUCAGUGUCUAGAAUCUAGCGAGUACAUGGAGAUUAGAAAUGCUCUUAUAAUGUUGACUAAAAUUUCUAGUGUUUUUCCUGUUACACGGAAGAGUGGGAUAAACCUUGAAAAGCGGGUAGCUAAGAUUAAAAGUGAUGAAAGAGAGGAUCUUAAGGUGUUGGCAACUGGUGUAGCAGCAGCACUGGCUGCUAGGAAGCCAUCCUGGGUUACCGAUGAAGAAUUUGGUAUGGGUUAUCUUGAAUUGAAGCCUGCACCAUCUAUGACUAAAUCUGCAGCGGGAAAUUCUGCCGCUGUACAAAGUGGGAUAGGUCUUCAAUUUUCUCAAACUGAAUCUGCCAGUGGGAAACAUCUGGACUCCGGAAACACAGUCAAAGACCAGACAGUAAAAACAAAAACUGCAGAUGGGAAGUCAGAGAGAACUGAAAGCCUUACAGCGACAAAAUCUGAUUCUGGCCACGGAAAACUCAAGGGUAGCUCAAUGGUGAAUGGAGUGGAUGCACAAUCAUCUCUAGCCUCACCUGCUGGACAAUCUGGGGCAUUAAAAUCUGUGGAAAAUCAAAAGCAAGUGGAAGAAUCCAUAAGUAGGGCACCGGAUGAACACAUUACAAGAAAUGUUGAGUCAAGACCCUCUGUGAAACAACGUUCAGUGGCUACUGGUUCACUUUUGAAGCCAUCAAAACAAGAUCCUUUGAAAGAAGAUGGUAGAUCUGGAAAAACUGUUACCAGAACUUCUGGUUCCUCAAGCAGUGACAAGGAUCUUCAGACCCAUGCAUCAGAUGGAAGACACACAGGAACAAACAUUUCUUCUUCAUUUAGUGCUAAUGGUAACAGUGUUUCAGGUUCUGCAAAAGGUUUGGCUCAAGCGGCAACAACUGCAUUUGAUGGUUCUGGUAACGAAUCAAAGGCAGAGGUUGGAGCUGCCAAAUUUUCUAUGGUGAAGGAUGAUGUAAAUGAGUUUGCUGACUUCACAAGAGGAUCCUCUUCUCGUGUAGUUCAUUCUCCUAGGCAUGAAAACACAGCUACCUCAAAGUCUAGCGAUAAAAUUCAGAAGCGAGCUGGUUCUGUUGAUGAGCUAGACAGACUAGGUAAACGACGGAAAGGGGAUAUAGAUCUAAGAGAUUUAGAAGGUGAAGUUCGAUUUUCUGAAAGAGAAAAGCUGAUGGAUCCUCGAUUGGCUGAUGACAAAGUGGGACCAGAUGAACUUGGUGUAUACAGAACAGGUGAUAAAACAUUGGAAAGGCCUAAAGAAAAAGGCACUGAUAGAUAUGAAAGGGAACACAGGGAAAGAUUGGAUCGUCUGGACAAGUCUCGUGGUGAUGACUUUGUUGUAGAAAAACCCAGGGACAGGUCGAUAGAAAGAUAUGGAAGAGAACGGUCUGUGGAGAGAGUGCAAGAAAGGGGUAGUGAGAGGAGUUUCAAUAGACUCCCUGACAAGGCUAAGGAUGAUAGAAGUAAGGAUGAUAGAAAUAAAUUACGAUACAAUGAUGCAACAAUAGAAAAAUCUCAUGCUGAGGGCCGCUUCCAUGGACAAAGCUUGCCUCCGCCACCCCCUUUACCUCCUAAUAUGGUUCCUCAAUCUCUUGGGGCUGGUAGGCGUGAUGAAGAUGCUGAUAGGAGGUAUGGAGCUACAAGGCAUUCUCAAAGACUUUCUCCAAGGCAUGAAGAAAAAGAACUGAGACGGUCUGAAGAGACUGUGAUUUUGCAGGAUGAUCCCAAACGUAGAAAAGAAGAUGAUUUUCGUGAUCGGAAGCGUGAAGAAAUGAAGGUGGAAGAGAGGGAAAGAGAGAAAGCAAGCAUUCUAAAAGAAGAGGAUUUAAACGCUGCAUCCAAGAGGCGUAAACUUAAGAGGGAGCAUCUACCAACUAUGGAGCCUGGGGAGUACUCACCAGUUGCACCUCCUCUCUCCGGUAUUGGUAUGUCACAAGCGUAUGAUGGAAGAGACAGAAAGGGGCCAAUGAUUCAGCAUGCCAGUUACAUAGAUGAACCGAGUCUUAGGAUUCAUGGUAAAGAGGUAGCCAGCAAGCUGAAUCGUCGUGAAUCAGAUCCCUUGUAUGACCGUGAAUGGGAUGAUGAGAAGAGACAAAGAGCUGAUCAAAAGAGAAGGCAUCGGAAGUAAAUUAUGAAGGGCUGAUUCAGAAGUAAAACUUUUUAGAAGGUUGUUCAUUUCAUGGAGUUGCUAGGGUCACAUCACUGUUACCUGCUACCUUGUACCAAACUACUUUAAAUUGUUUAAUUUUUUUUUUUUCCCCACUAUAGUGGGUGCAAAGAAAAUAUGCAUUGAGAUCUACACUUGUAUAUAGUGUUGUAUAUUUUGGGUAGCCAGGGGUCAAAUGUACUGUUUGAGAAUGUGAUUAAUUCGUGGAACGCUCAUUUACAGGAUUAGUCCUACAUAGGAACACCAAUUUUUGUAAACUUAGUGUAAUUGUUCAGCUGUUCUUACAUGAAAAGUUGGAAGUCUAUGUCUUCCGGUAUGAAUGCCCAAAUCUUUGAAUUAUUA